UCCUUUAGUCCAACAUAAAAUGUGAUUUUGAAUCUAUUUUUUUUUACUUUCAAAACACUAUCAUGCUCAAUAAAGAAUUUAAAAUGCUACAAAUGUGAACAAAGGUGUCAAAUCUACCAUAUAAGAGGGUUCCAUCCAGUUCUAUCAUUUUAUACUAAAUCUAUUUGAGCUUGUCUCCAGUUUUACUUGGUAUAUCAUCAUCAAACUGAAACUGGCCUCAUGGAGUUUACAGCCAGAACUUUAGAGGUAAAUUUACAGUAGGGCUCCACGCUGCUUUGUUUUCUAGUCUGGAUGGAGUCAACAAGUCUGGAUUAUUUGGAGCUUUUGGACACUCCACAGGGUUAAUUCUAGUUACUUACUUCUUAUUUUUGUCAGAGGAGAAUGGCCUCCAGGACGGAGGAGGACUUCUGCUGUCCUGCCUGCCACGACAUCUUCUCCGAUCCUGUCCUGCUGUCCUGCAGCCACAGCUUCUGUCGAGGCUGUCUGCAGCGCUGGUGGACAGAGAGGAAACGUAACGAGUGUCCAGUGUGUCGGACGGUGUCUCAGUCCAGUGAUCCGCCUCGUAACCUGGCCUUAAAGACCUUGUGUGAGUCCUUUCUACAGGUCAAAGGUCAGGGAGCCUCUGGGACCCUCUGCAGUCUGCACUCUGAGGAGCUGAAGCUCUUCUGUCUGGACCACCAGCAGCCGGUGUGUCUCGUCUGUCGAGACGCCAAAAUACACCAAGACCACAGUUUCAGACCCGUUGAUGAAGCUGCCCAGGAGCACCGAGAGGAGCUCCAGGAGGCCCUGAACCCCUCACAGAACAAGCUGAAGGCUCUUCAUAAGGUGACAUUAAUCUUUUAUAAAACAGCAGAACACAUCCAGGUCCAGGCCCGACGCACAGAGACGCAGAUCAAGGAGCAGUUUAAGAAGCUCCACCAGUUUCUAGAGGAGGAAGAGGAGGCCAGGAUGGCUGCACUGAGGGAGGAAGAGGAGCAGAAGAGUCAGAUGAUGAAGGAGAAGAUGGAGGCUCUGAGCAGAGAGAUAGCAGCUCUUUCAGACACAGUCAGAGCCACAGAGGACCAGCUGAGAGCUGAACACGUCUCAUUCCUGCGAAACUACAAAGCUGCAGUGGAAAGAGUCCAGCAGCGCCCCCUGCUGGAGGAUCCACAGCUGCUCUCAGGAGCUCUGAUAGACGAAGCCAAACAUCUGGGCAACCUGAGCUUCAACAUCUGGAACAAGAUGAAGGACCUGGUCUCCUACAGUCCUGUUGUUCUGGACCCGAACACGGCUCAUCCAGAACUCGUCCUGUCUGAAGAUCUGACCAGCGUGAGACAAGGGAAGAUACAGCAGUGCCCUGAAAACCCAGAGAGGUUUUCUUACUGGGACUCUGUCCUGGGCUCGGGGUUUGACUCGGGGACUCACAGCUGGGACGUGGAGGUGGGGGACAACAAGGACUGGGAGCUGGGGCUGGUAGCAGAGUGUGGCGGUAGGAAAGGCUUUGUGGGCUCUACGUUGUGGAGCUUAGACUUCAGUGAUGGUGGAUAUCGAGUCUACUCCACCAGCAGUAAAUACAGCCAUGUCCCAGUGACAGAGCAGCUCCAGAGGAUCAGAGUCCGUCUGGACUGGGACCACGGAGAGCUGCUGUUUUCUGAUGCUGAUACUGAUGCUCACAUACACACUUUCACACACACUUUUACUGAGAAGGUGUGUCCGUUCCUGGCCACCAGGAACACACUCCCUCUGAAAAUACUGCCCCGAAAGGUCUCUGUAAUGGUGGAAAUGAGCAGGGCAGCAGGCAGCAGCAGGCCGCUGGUCCUGGUCCUGGUGGUCCCGGUUCGGUCUGGAGUCUUAGCGCGGAUCAGCUCACCAAGUAAGUGUUCCCACUGA